CGAUACUUGAUGACCAUAUAGUCAUUAAUCAAACCCCUAGUAAAUCUGGAAUAUCGGAAUCGGCAUACGACCACGAGUGCUUCGUGGGACAAUUUAUCCCGAAACCGAGCCGCAUACAAAUAGCUUCGGACACUUCUUGCAUGCUUGCGCUUUUUCCCAACUAUCGACAAUUUGAUCUCGAAAACACUCCUCCGGAAACCCACCUUAUAUCAGCGGUGCUCUCUAACACGAUCAAAAAGCUUGGGGUGCCCCCAAUAGCAAGCCAAUUUCACGAAAAGUUCACAGGAGAAAAUUUGCGUCUCGAGAUCAUUGCCCUUCUUCUGAAAAUCACAGCUCAUGACGGAUGGAACCAGAUCGCCAACGAAUUGUUUCGCGCAAGUAGUGUUUGUGUGGAGCUUUGCAAAUUACUCGCUCCGGUCAACGAUUUGCUGCUCUGGUUGUACUUCGAUAACGCCGUACUGACCAGCAUCAUCUGUGAUCCUCUACUCUGGCGAAGAUUUGGCGACUUGAUCGGAGAGAUCUACGCGUUGGUGAUUCAUCGGGAAUGCAAGGACGUUUCUGUGCCAUUGUUCCUACGGGAAGCGCGCCGAAGACUGUUUUGCGCGGCCUCCUAUACGGACAAGAUCUCCUCGACCUUGCUUGGCCGACCGCCUCGUCUGUGCUGGAGGCACACUAAUAUACAGCUACCGCUAGAACUCCGAGAUGAAGAUCUAGCAUCGCCCAUUGCAGAUGUAGAGCUCGCGUGCUGGAAGCUUGACAGCAAUGGAUGGAAUACUUACGGAGGUGUCCAUCAAUCUACUUGUAUCAGGUUUCGGUGCCUUAUCAGCACGUUUCGUGAGGAGAUCAUGGAUCAUUCGAUUGCUUCAAGAGACAUCUCACGCAGGGGCUGGGAAAUGUGGGAUUCAGUUCCAGAGCAUAUGCGCUAUAAGCCUUGCUUCUGGGAUGAUGAGCGGCUGCCAUCAGGUGUCUGUCUAAUGCUCGUCAUCGCUCAUCUAGCAUACUUGUUUAACGAGUUCCUGAUACAAAAGCUGCUAGAUAAGAGGCCACUUGCUCAGAAUCAAGCUUAUCUGAGUGUGAGCAUGGAGCUUCUCUCUACAGUCCUGACUUUAGGUCAACCACGAGACAGAUAUUCGAUACGUUUCGUACACUGUAGGUCAUCUUUCGCUCGUGCGAGUGUACUGGUGACCGCCCUCCAAGAGCAGUCAACUACGGGAGAGGCAUUGCCGCCAUCUAUCACUCGCUCUGAAAUUAUUCGAAACAUAAGCGUAAUUCAUUUCAAAUCUCGACUCAGUUCGAGACCCGGGGAUGGCAACUACCCCAUCUGCAAAAAAGCUGCGAAAACCUUUACACGACUUAUAGACGACAUCUUAGACCCUAAGCCAUCCGCUGCGUUUCAAAGCACGUUAGAGCUCGGCUUCAUGAGUAAUCCAUCUCUGGAUGGACUCGAUAAUAUAGAUACGGUCGAUUUAUUCGACAACAUGGAGUGGGGAACGGGAGCAGGAUCCCAGUGGAGCUUCUGA